AUAAACAAACAAAUUAAUAAUUCGACCCAAAUUUUGAUGGGCUGUAUCGUGUUUUCUGUGUUUCAGUAAAAGUAACAUGAUAUUUUGUAAUUAUCGAAAUUGCCCUCUUACCUAUACUGAGCAUUGCUGCUAUCAUAAUGGAAUUAUAAAAUGCAACAAGAGUUUUAAAAUUGAUAAAAACUUCAUUCUGUGUCCUAUAUAUAAUAUUUAUUGCCUCAGUGCGACCGUGAAUUUGGGUAAUCAUCUAAUAAAGAAUUGACUAAAUACCCAAUUCUAUUAACAUUUUCAUAAUGAAGCAAGGUUAAUUUUGCGACACUCAGAAAUGUCACACUUGCUUUGGUUUGUUUCCAUGGAACCAGGGUUGAUUGACACGGCAUAUAAGUAUCGUCUUCUAGGCAUAUUGGUCAUUUUCAAUAUAAAGCCAUUUAAGAGAUGAAUAUUUCAUCACUGUUUGGGCUGCAUUUAUCAGCCAUUUACCAAGGAUGAGAUGCGAUAGCGUCAAGAAUGGUGCAUUAUCGUAAUCAGAUAUUAUUUCUUCUCCUUAUUUUGAAUUUCAUUUAUGAGGCUAUACAACUUACAACUCUCAUUGCUGAAAAGACUCCAAAACAGUUCCACUCUCACUUCAAUUAUACGACACAAAACUACCCAAAUAACUACACGGGAGAAUGGCUGAUCAGAACCAGUGGGGACAACCACACCAUACAAGCCAAUUUGGCGGAAUGUGACAUCGAGUCUGUCACCAGAAAGGGCAAAACCAUGUGUAGUUGGGAUUGGGAUAUUUUGGCAUUCUACAAUGUGAACACCACAGGUAAUGCCACAGAAUACAUAUACAUUAAGUCUACGUGCUGCAAUGGUACGCUUGGACAUAUCCAUAGCUCCGGAUCUGAACUGUACGUGAAAUUCACAACGGAUAGCAGUACAUCAAAGAAAGGAUUUACAAUCUCUUACCAGGAUUUCGAACCCGCGGAAAACCACACAGAAAGUUCUAAAUCAAGCCAGUCAACUGCAGAGUCGGGUUCGUCUACUGCAGCCACUGUUGGUGCCGUGAUUGGAGUGUUGCUAGGAGCAGUCGCUGUGUUACUGACCAUUUUUGUCAUCAGGGCUGUGUUUCUUAAAAAGAAAAAUCUCUCUAGGAUCAAUUCCAAAGACUAAUGACUUUGUACAACCUGGUCAUGUACUGAAUUUUUAUGUCCCGAUUUUCCCCCCAGU